AUGACUGUCACCUAUCGCCAUGGCAUCUCCAUUCUCGAACUCCUUAUCUACCUGCCCUCCUUUUUCCUCUCUGGCUUCUUGGUCUAUCGCCAUGGCUUCCGUCAAAAUAGCGGGUUUUUAUUCAUCUUCACAUUUGCGUUGGCCCGGAUCGUAGGUGCCUGCUGUGACCUCGCAACAAUCGCCCACUAUACCUUGGGGCUUUAUAUCGCCGCCGCCAUUUGUAUGGCAAUUGGACUGUCCCCUCUUAUGCUUGCAUUGACUGGGUUUCUAUCUCGAGCAAACCUUUCCAUCCAACACAAAACAGGAAAACUUGCUCUCCCCGAAUUCGUCUUCGUUGCCUUCCGUCUUCUCGUUACCGUUGCCAUGAUCAUCAGCAUCGUGGGAAUCACAGCCAACAUGUCUGAAGAAGGCCUCGCACACCCCGAUAUCAAAGCCAAGAUUGGUAUGAUCCUGUAUCUUGUUGCAGGUGGACAGCUCUGCCUCAUGACCGCAUUUAUGGCCAUGCACAAAGCCUCCAUUCAACGCGGGGAGAAGCGAACCGUUCUUGCAGUGGCCAUCUCGACGCCAUUUAUUAUGGUCCGUCUAGUGUAUGCUGCUCUGAUCUGGUUCCUUCAUGACUCCACCUUCAGCAUGAUUGGCGGCAAUGUCACUGUGCAACUUGUCAUGUCUGUUCUGGAGGAGUUUGCGGUUGUUAUCACUUGUCUUGGGGUGGGGAUUACCUUGAGCAUACGCAGAAAGGACAAUCGUGCCUCUGUGGAAGCCCCCUUGACAGAUUACCCUUCCCAGUCUAAACCUUAA